AUGGUGGUCUUUAAGUUAGAAAAUUGUAACAACUGCACAAGCUUGCCUUCUCUUGAACUGUUGAGGUCGCUAAAAGACCUAAAAAUCCAAGGGAUGCCGAGAUUAGAAAGAAUCCAUUUUGAGACGCCUCUCAAGUCAUUAGAGAUUCUUUGUUUUGAGAAUUUGCAAGAAUGGCAGUAUUGGAACACCAAGAGAGAAAAUGAGGCUGCCGAAAGAUUUCCUUGCCUUCGUGAGCUUUCCAUCAUUGAUUGUCCAAAACUUACAGGGGAAUUACCUAACUGUCUUCCUUCGUUAGAAAGACUUUUUAUUAAGAAGUGCACAGAGUUGAUUGUUUCAUUCUCAAGUUUUUCAUUGCUAAGUAAAUUAGAAAUUGAUGACUGCAAGGGAGUGAUGUGCAAUAGUACUAUUUCUGCUGAUUUCCCAUCUGUAAAUUCUAUGACUAGUUCAAGUAAUUCUAAGUUUGGAAAUUGGAUAAAGCAGGGAUUUCAAAAAGUUUUAAAGAUUGUUGGUUGGAAGGAUCUGAUGAAUUCAUGGCAAGAUUUGAAUUAUGUUGAGAAGCCACUACGUGGGAUUCAUGGUCUUAUCUUCCUUAAAGAGUUGUAUAUUGUAAGAUGUACAAGUAUUGUUUUUUUUACGGAGAUCAAUCUUCUUCCCAAUUUGAGUUCUCGUACAAUUAGUAAUUGGGAGGCUUUAGAAUCUUUUCUUGAAGUAUUGAAGCAAAGCAAUUUGGAGAGCCUUGUAAUUAGAGAUUGUGAUUCACUAACACAAAUUGCAAGAGACACGCUGCCGCCAUCUCUUACAAAGCUUGAGAUACGAAAGUGUGAGAACUUGAAAGAAUUAGAAGAUUUCAGUACUACUCUGCUUGAGUCUUUGUCCAUUUAUGACUGUCUAUCUCUCAUGUACGUAUCAUCACUUGGUCAGUUUCCGGAGACACUCAAGCACAUUAGCAUUGAGAGAUGCCCAGAGCUCUUCACAAUUUUAUUUUCAGGAGCCCAACUCUUACCAAAGGCACUAGAAGACCUCUCUAUAAAAUAUUGUUCGAGGUUGAAUUCAAUAGGAGAGACGUUUGAUAAUAGCACUUCUUUUAAAGAGAUUAUGCUAUUUGCCUGUGAACAACUUGACUCCAUUCCUUCAGGCCUACACAAUCUUGCUUUUCUACAGAGUUUUCGCAUAGGGGAUUGCCCAAAUAUUAGAAUAUCCUUAAAAUUCCCGAGCUAUCUUCAAACAUUAGAUGUAUUGAAUUGUCCAAUAUGUUUAACAGAAGAAGAUUUUUCCCACCAACCUAACAGACCUCAACAUCAGCGAAGAUGUCGACGUGUAAGCCACUAA